GUCGAAGUCGUCUCAUCGUCUCGUUGAGUUGUUAUUAUUUUCUUUCUGCGAAUAAACGAUGCGGCGACGCAUUCUAUUUCAUCUCUCCUUCUUCUAGUCGUGAUCAUUUUAGAAAAAUGAUUUUUUUAGUCGAAAUGAUUUUCGUUUUUUUGUGUAACUUAAAUUUAUGAAUGGAGAACGCGCUGACUCGACUCACGGAACGUAUUAAAUUACCACUUGAUGCAGUCAUUGGAAAAUGGAAAACAAAUAAACUAAUUAUUAGAAUUGAGAGCCACAAAGAAUAUAUAAAUGAAAAAUAUGAGUAACACGAGAGAAAACCACAACGAGUGCAACAUGACGAAUGCUGACUGUAGUUCCUGCCAAAGAUUACAAAGUGUGCGUAAUAAGCGAAGUAAUAACUUUGCUAUAAGUUUAACAUUCCCGCAACUUUUGUUGCUGUUACUGCUUAGCCUCAGUUCGAUUUUGGCGGCGCCACAAACCUCCUGCAUAAUGUGCAACAAGGAAGAUCUGCAGCCAAGGGAGCCAACGAUCAGCGCCAGCUACGAAGAGUUCACUUUCGAUCAUCAGGUGAAGCGUCAGGAUGCGAUUCAAGCGUUGCGCGCAUACAAUGAAACUCAUGAAACACAGAACUCUUGCAACACGAAAAUGUGCACGACGCAAGUCGUGAGAUAUUGCUUGAGUCCGCAGUUCCUCAACGAUCAUUGCUGGUGCGAGAUGCAGCAUUCAGAAGAGGGUGUACCCUAUGUGCCACAUGUCUGCUAUGUGGGAGAAAAGGUCUAUGCACCAUCGCUGGGUUCCUGUUUUACGUUUCAAGAGAUCAAGGAAUGCUGCUGUGCGCCCGUCUUGGUCAAAGAAUGGCGACACAUUUCCGGCGCUUUAUCGGCGACACCAAAGAUCAUGCUAACUUCUUUGUUAGCUACAAUCGCAUUGUUAAAUUGGCGCUGCAGAAGACGAAGCGUUUGUUAAAGCUUACAACUUAGGGGCGGGCUUUGGGGGGUGUUAUAAAUAAACUUACAGUCUAGUGAAGCAUAGUCAUGAACGACGCAUUAUUUGAAUAUAAGAAGUCGAAAAAUCAAACUAUUCAUAAGAGAUUUAAGAGAUGUAUGUAUUUAAGAGUUAAUAAAUAUAAUAUAAAUUUUUAUAUAACUUAAAUGGGAUCUAAUGGUUUUUCAAGUGAGAUGAAUGCAUCUCUCUAAUCUAUGCAUAUUGGUUGUACAAUUGGUAGUUUACAUGCUUUAUUUUAUUCAUUUGUGGUAUAGUAUUUAUAUAUAUAUAAUUCGCUUAACUAAUUGCGGCUGAAUCGGCAGCUAUCAUAAUCAGAUGUGGCAUGCACAUAAUACAAACAAUAAUAAACAAAACAUGAACAAAUUAAAAUAUGUAAUGCCUAUACGAAAAUGGCAAAUAUCGUUGCUUGACUCCUAGAUAAAUAUAUAUAUGUAUAGUUUGUUGCUUGCUUAAACGUCUAAACACGGUCCACUAAACCUCGAGUUCAGCAAGUCGGCCUUAAGUCUAUAUGUAGUCUCCCACCUCUCCGUUGGCUGAUUGGUUCUAUAAGCUGGUUCGGCUA